AUGGCGAGAGCAAGGUGUUUUGUAAUUGGGGGUAGGCGAUGGUAUACGUCCUGGGGAAAAUGGGUUAGAGGGUGGGCUAUUUUUUUCUUCCUUGGCGGUGACUCGGUAUACUCCAGUAUUGUACCAGCUUCUUUGUGUGGUGAUGUACAUGAGAGAAGGGUAUACAUUUGUGAACUCUUUGAGGAUGGAUGGAUACCUGAUCCUUGCAAGGUUUGCCUCUUCCUGAAAAUUGGGAUUCUGAUCCUGGUCUCUGCUGUGCCUGGCUAUUUUCCAUGUGCUUGGAAAUUGGUUGGGCAAUCCUUGUGUUCCAUGUUGCAGAGAAAUAUUGCAGAUCGGUGUCAUCCACGCGUAGCUGCUGAAUCCACAAGAUCCCGGCGCCGUGUCAAGAAAUUGGAGCGACCUAACCUGCUUGUAACCACGAUCAGGCAGGGUGGGCGCGGUGCCAAGGCGGUGGGGAAAUACAUAAGCGUCGGAGGAGUCGCCGGCGCCCGUCACCACCAUGCAUUUCAUUUUGGUUUUACAAUUUUUUCAUUGAUCAGUGAAAAGACCAAAUUUUAGAAAACUUUGCUCAUUUUUUAUCUUUUGCUCGGUAGAUCUCAUAUAUCAAUAAAAUAAAAUUCGAGAAUUAGAUAUUUGAUUU